GGUUGGUGAGUCUGAUCCAAACACUAUAAAUGGAGGGACAGUAAAGAGCAAACUCCUAAUAGGAAGAAACCACUCAUGGCCUAUGAGACAGAGGAUCAUGAGACUCAAUACUGCUUUCCAGCCAUCAACUCAUCAUGUAUCAAGGGAACACGCUCCAGACAUGAAUACAAUAUCAUGUAUGUGUUUUUUUCAUUGCUGUCAGCAUGGACUGUGUUUCUGAACCUGCUGGUGAUCAUCUCCAUCUCUCACUUCAAGAAGCUUCACACUCCAACAAACCUGCUCAUUCUCUCUCUGGCUGUUUCCGACCUGCUUAUUGGACUUAUUGUGAUACCCAUAGAGGGCAUCAAAAUAACUGAGACGUGCUGGUACUUUGGAGACAUUUUGUGUGGAGUGUUUAUAAAUACCCUUGGACUGCUCCUAUCAGCAUCUCUCAGUAAUUUAGUUUUUAUUUCUGUUGAUCGUUAUGUGGCUGUGUGUCACCCUUUAUUGUACCCACAGAAAAUAACCACAACUAAAACUUUAAUGAUCAUCUUUCUCUGUUGGUUUUGUUCCUUAGCUUACAAUACUGCCAUUGUAAUAAAUAAUAAAUAUUUUGACACUUUUCACACAACAGACGUAUGCUAUGGAGAGUGCCCUUACAUGAUGAGUUCUGCCUGGAGAGCUAGUGACCUGAUCUUGUCCUUUGUGUCUCCUUGUAUCACAAUCAUAACUUUAUAUUUGAGGAUAUUCUAUGCUGCUCAACGGCAAGUGAAAAUUAUUAAUUUACUUUUAAAGACAAGAAAAAGUGUAAAGGAGGACACCUUAAAAAGGAAAUCUGAGAGCAAGGCUGCUCUAACUUUAGGAAUAAUUGUGACAUUUCAUCUGCUUUGCUGGAUUCCAUUCUACAUUCUUUCUUUAUCAGGAAGCACAGUCAACACUGCAAUUAUGUCAAAAUUUCUAACAUGGACCUUGUAUGUUAACUCCAGUCUGAAUCCCAUUGUCUAUGCUUUAUUUUACCCCUGGUUUAAAAAGGCAGUUAAAUAUAUCUUAACUCUUAAAUUAUGUAAGCCAGCAUCCUCUCAUGUGGACAUUUUUAAUGAUUACCAUUAAUGAUUCAUGUGAAUGGCAGUACUGCAGAUAUUACACGACAAAUAUGAGAGAUACCCUUUUAAGAUCAAAUUAACAAAUUAUGCUUGGAACAACACUGUAUGUGCAAAUUAUUGUUCUGACAAAAGAUUUAAAUAUUAUGUCUAGUGUGUAUAGAGUAAUAUAUCUGAAAUGAAUUGUAACAUCAUUUGACAACUAUAUCUAUGUAUCUUUUCAGAAGGCCUGUCACAAUAACUACUUUUUUGUUAGGCAAUAUAUUGUCCCAGAAAUAAUUGCGAUAAAUGACAUUAUUGUCAUUUUAAGACCAUUUUAUACCACUGAUUAUAUAAUGUUAAUAUAACAGCAUAAUAAUGCAAGUACACACUUUCAAAUAAAAAAGAUCUUAAGAAUAAUUAGAUACAAUUUUAUUUGAAUUGAAAUGUCAAAAAAGUAAUAUCCGAAGUAAAUAAAAUUUGAAUGAAUAAUAAACCUUUCUAAACAAAAAGUGCAAAGUAACAAGCAGGAAAAAAAAACUAAACUUUGACAAAGUCAGUUUAGACUUUUAAAGUGUACUCACAUAGCAAAAAGGCACUUGUGUGAUUUUACAUUUACAGAUUUUUCUCUUUACUCUCUAGACAUGUUUUUUUAAAAGGUGAACUUCUUUUAACUUGAGGGCUCUGUGUUGAGGGCUGUGAGCUCUGUCGUGCACAAGACACUGCAAAAGACGCAAGUGCAAUGGUUAAAGACGUCCAUCUACCACACGUUUACAUAGAAAAACAAUGGAAAAACAGAGCCGUGGAAUGCAAAAACGCAUUCUCUGUGAACUGCUUCAAAGCCAUUGGUGAGCUAUUCCGUACUGUAAUGUUUGUAUGUGCACUGGAACAGUGGAUUGCGGCUUUGAAAUAAAGUUAAUUUGGACUGUCUGUAGUCCUCAGGAAAGCACUAUAACUCCUCGAAUAAUGCCUUUUCUUCACCUGUCUAUGUCCACUCUUUGUGUGAGGAGGAGCUUUCUCAGAAUUGCUUUCACCUCUGACACAGAGAGUAGACAAGAUGACAGAGGCAGUACGACUGACUAAAAUGUUUACUACUACAAACUGAUACGGGCAGACAAGUAUGAUUUGAAACAUGCCAAUGCAAUUCCACUAAUGCCAACAUAAUGCAAAUGCAGCACUAAGAUCCAGUAACACUAAUAGAGAGAAACAACCACGUUCUGAUGAUAAGAGCAAAUCAUUUGUAACUCUAAUGAGAGAAGUCCUAGUACUAUGGUAUAAAUUCUGACUGGAAACCUCACAAAUACCAUUUCUUUCUAAAAGAGGAACAUAGUUGUGAUGAGUCCUUGAAUACAUAUUAAAAUUAAAUUUGGGGAAAGUACAAUUGUACUUCUUGUGUAUAAAAUGAAUGUCAAAUUUGCAAAAUGGCAAAUUGGCAAAUUCCACGCUUUCAAACACAAGACAAGACAAUUACUGGAAAAGCUUUAUAAAUGCAAAUGUAAAACCUUCAAAUGUAUUGAGGGUUUUAAGGUUUCAACAGAUUUUAUUUAUUAUCAAAGGAGAAAAUUUA